AUGGGAGAAAUUAAGCGAAAGAAAAAGCGCAGCAGCAAAGCUGCUAAAAAGCAGGAAAAGCAACCGUCGACUUUAACAGCAGCAGCAUCACCACCACCAGUUGCUUUUUCAGAAGCAGCAGCAGAAGAAGCAGGACCCGCUGUUAGCUUGAACGAGCCUGAAGAAUUGAUUUUACCAGACGCCGUGCAAGAACUCGCACCACCGAUGGAGGAUACGAAAAACAGCGAUGAAAUGCUUGAAGAGACUGAUUUAUUGACUGAUUUUAAACCGACCGCUCCGAUUUGCGGUGAUUCUGACAAGCUUCCCUCAUUGCUGUAUCCGGAUUUGCGCGAGCUCAACAUUGGUAGCGAGCAAUUUGACAGCACUUUUUCGAAUAUGGAUAUCACCCCCAAAGGUGCAAUUAGCUCGCCCGAAGAUGAUUACGAAUGCGUAAUAGAUGAAGUUUUUUCGCCCCGUAUAAGCGCACUGUUCGAGUGGUGUAUUGAGGAGACCACGCCAAAUUUGGAACGCUAUCGGCGGUAUGUGGAUGGGCUGGAACGUCAGUUUAUUACGACGGAAGGUCCGCAAGCGAAAAAUCCUGCCGAUGACGAUAGCGAUUUACAGCGGAUGCUACAAGCAUACCGGUCCUCGUACCACUACUAUUGCGAUGUAAUGAUACAGCGGUUGGUGAGCCGAUCGCAAAUUUCUAGCCUGCGUCAUAAAUGUUGGGACAUAGAGCACACAAAGGUCACCGAGUUCGCCCAAUGUGCCGAUUCACGGUUACUGUCCGUAUCGUUGAAAUGCAGGGUUGCCACGCUGAACGUUGAACGGUGUACGGAAGCCAAGGCUGAAUUGUCCGCUCUGCUCAAUCGGUUUGUAACGAAGGAAAAGGAAGCACUGAUACAGCUUCACUACACGCGCACGAUGGUGGAAAAGAACUUAUCCGAUCCAUCGGUACCGGGUUACGAGCAAUCGGGCUUGUUGCGAUGCAAGCUACGCAUUAUCGGAAAUGCUUUGCGCGCCGAGAUGCAUCAGCGCGAUUGCGACAAGGGUGAUGAAUGCCAGUAUGUGCAAGAUUUGCGCAAAUGGUUCAUCCAACUCGGUACGGGUAUGUUGCGCGCCGGCAGUGAUGAUGAGCGCGUUUGGCUGAUGUUCCAUUUGUUACGCUUCCCGAAAGGGAUCGACACAUGGGCCCAUGUGUUGGUGCAUCCACUUGCAUUUGGGAAUCAAAAUAAGCCGCUAACCAACAUUGAAAUACAUACUAUUUUUACGCUCAUCCACGUAUUGAUACGACCUAUCAUCGCGCGUCAAUCAUUCGUGGUGCCGGUAGACGAGUCGCUUGCCACCAUCGAACAACCGUCACUAGUGAACGAAGCGAAAGCGGGCGAUGAUUUCGAAUGGGUCGACAGCGAUGGUGAGGAUAGCAGCGCGGAUAAACGAAUCCAGCCGAUCAAGGAAAGUGAUUUGCUUGCAUUGCUUGAUCAAAUACCAUUCCGGCGGCUGUUCGAUACUUUUCUACAGCGCACCAUCGAACGCGCGCAACAUCUGGAUGCAGAACAGCUGAACCCGGAACAUCUAUCCACGGUGAACAUUUUAAUUUUGUUCUCGUUCUCCAACGAACUGAUCGCUAUACUGGGCGGAGGAUUACUAAUGUACGGUAGAGGCAUUGCACGCUACAGCCAUUUUGCCCGACGGUUGGCACUGCUCAUUAACGAUGCAGUGAAAUUUGUGGGUGAUGUGUUGCGAUUGUAUCGCCAAGCGCACAAACUUAACCGUCAGUCAGAAGAAAGUGAAGUGGUACAGGUAUAUUUCGAUACGCUCAUGUACCGUGCUGUUCUAUUGAUUCAUGGUGGUGGUGUGGCCCUGACACGCCAUCUGUCCACGCUGCCAUUUGGGUUGCUAAGUACAUGCGCCUGCUGGUGGAUAUAUGCCACCAUGGUAAAUCGAAGCAUUCGCGAAAAACCUGAUUUCGACUAUUGGAAAAGCAGCCACCGGUUACUGAACAACUGCACUCUGAUGGAAGAGUUUGAGCAACAGCUGGCUAAAAAGAAAUCGCCUCAAGAUCUGUACAAUAUGCUGAAGCCGCUUGUCGAUUUGGCGCUAACACGCGAUGCAACUAAAGAUGGUACAUUUAUACCUACCGUUGCGGCAACAUUGAUUGAGUUGCUUGCCGCAAUACCAGCGGACGCGGUGGUGUUUGUAGAAAUGAAGGAUCAAAUUCAUUUACUAAUGGAACGGACCUCGUCUGUACUGUCCUUUAUGCUGAAUACACUCGCUUUGGAGGAUGAGAACCGUCGACAAACUAUUGCCAAUUGUUGGGAAAUGAAGGGCAACACACUGCUGGAGGUGUUUAGUGGCAAAAAACAGCUGAUAAUGCGCUGGCGUCCGGACCAUCUAAAUUAUGAACGAUUAAUUUACAUGCUGCUAGAAUACCCACGAACGCACAUCUACCAUAAGCUAUCGCUUGGUUUGCUGAUGUACAUCCAGUAUGGGGAUACAAGUUCCUUUAUUGUACCUGUACAGAAGGAUCUACAAAACAUUGUAGCUUAUAACAUCGUUGUUGCAUAUCGAAAGCAUCAACCUGUCCUAAACAACUCGAACGGCGGUGGCCCAUCGGUGGCUGUUACUGCGGAACAACAAGCCGAACACCGUAGCUAUCAGGAGCGUUGUCUGUUUCUGUUGCUGCAGCUACAUAUACAUGCUUUUGAUCAGCCGAUGCAGAACAUACGACGAUUCUUAGAAGAUCCAAGCCAGGUGGAAAAAGUGGUUUUGCCUUUAUCUGUGCACGUGAAAGAAUUGCAGAGGGCAAUAAAGGAGCAGUGUCCAGUAGCGUGCCUUUGCGCGCUACUGUCCACCAAGAUGGGACACUGGGUGCCAGUGUUUUGUCAGGAAGGCUUGAAAGCGAUGCGUAUACUGUACGAGGUGCACCAUCUCGAUACCGUUGUAGUGCGCUGUCUCGAACUCAUCAGCCUCCUGUUUACCGAUUGUCCUCAUGCACUGGCGAAAAAUGAUCAAUUUAUCGGAAUCCUCGCGGAACUGGUUGAGAAUGAUAACAUACUGGAUUGGUCAAGACAAACUGGCGAUGAGCAGCACUAUACACUCGCAAUGAAACUGCUGGAAGGGGCUAGUAUGGGCAAAAUGGGAUCUAUGAUAGUCUCGCAGGCGGCCAUGUACUGGCAUCAGGGUUACGCCACUCCGCCGUCGCUCGUCUGCAUGUGGUUUGAUUGGUUAGUGAAGAUAAAAAAUUGGAGCGACAGUGUCAAGGUGCUGCGAUUGAUGAACGUACUGGCCAGCAUUUCGUUCAGACACGCGGAUGCGUGGAAAGCGCUGGGCGACCGUUUCCGUCCAUUUUUUAAGUCAAUUGCAGUAGUAAAACAUAAGCAACAUUCACUCUGGUCGAAAAUUCUCGGCACCGAGCCACCGCUACUGUACGGCAAACUGCCAAACGAUUGUGUUGCUUUGGCAUUGCUCGUUUUCGGCAUUGAACAUCAGCAGCUGGAACAGAAGACGGGUUUGUGGUUGAAAUUGUUGCGCAUGCUGAAGAAAAAUCGAACCAUCAAGAUAGAUGCGGCACUGCGCGAGGUAAUGGCGACGACGUGUGUACAGGGCAAGGAUUCUUGUCCCACAGCCAAUGCGCUGGUGUUGUUCAAAGUGGCGCGCUAUUUACUGCGUGCAAACACUGAACAUCCACUGUAUUUGGGGCUGUGGCAAUUAUUUUUCACCUUGCUGCUGACACGUGUUACCGACGUUGGGGACGAGGUGCACGGUGUUGCCGAUCGGUUGUAUGAUCACGACUCGGGGCUGAUGGAAAAGCUGAAGCAGUUGCUGUGCAAACUGGAGCUGCAUUAUCAUUUUCUGCAGGAAACGAACGAAGAUUCACCGGGAAUGUUGCGCCUCGUAAAAGCGUUCCAAUUAUGGUUAGUCGAUACAGAUCUCAAUCAAAUAAAUGAUGAUGCUCCAAUCAAGCUACCCAAACAAUACGCCACAGAACAACUACAAUCAAUCUUUUACGGUUUAGAGAUAUUUUGGCCGGAGUGCACUAAUACGCAGAUCCUCCGGGUAGUCCACCGUAUGAUGAUUGAAGGGUGGCACAAUCUUUACCGUGUACUUCCGCAUCACUCGUCGGCGAAGGAUAAAACUGUAUGCGGUGCCACUAUCAAGCUACCACCAACUCAGGCAAUCAAACGCCGACUGGAAAACAGUUACACCGAUCCACUACCGAUACCCGUGUCGGAGCAUCGGACCGAACUGAAAGAUCUUGCCGAUGCGCUAAAAACACCACCGAUGGGACGAGUAAAGCGCAUCACCGAGUGUGUACGGAUCAUAAAGCAGUACAUCGACAAAACGUACUUACCGAUGAAGAACGAGCUAAAAAUACGUCAAAAUGAGCUGUUCGAGCUGUACCAGCAACUGCACGUCAACGAGGUCAAGGAGUCCGAGCACCAGCUUAGGUGCAACAUGCUGAUCUGUUCCGGUGCAGCAACAAUCAUGGUGCGCUCGAAAUGUGUCGCAAUCGAUACAAAAAUAAAUACUUGUAUCCAAGCCCGGUUGGUAGCAUUGGAAGCGUUCCUGAACCGAAUGAAUAACGUUCCACCCUACAUAAUGAAGCACACGAUAAUGUUGCGCGAGCUGGGGAACAGUCUGUUUAUGGACUACUGCUCGGAGAUUGAUCGAGCAUCGGCCCAAACGUUGAAUGAAGCCAUCCGGACAAUGAAACGCACGCUGCUGCACGAAGUGUCCGAUGCGAACUUCGAGCCGCCGUUAACGUUUGCGGUGCGGCUAGGUUUGGACACGAACCGAAACGAUUUUUUGAACAUAAUGCUGGAAGAGGUUGGACAGAUAUUUGCGGGUGCGCUAGAAGACGGCCGGAAACCGUCCAGCGUGAUCGUUGCCAUGCUGGAGAAUAGUCGCAUACCGGUUCGUCCUUUGAUGAAGGUGUACGGUCAGCUGGUUAAGCAAAAGUCGGGCAAUCUCGAACGAAGCUUAUUUGUGGAUCUGUUCGGCAACAAGCUCCAUCUAUCCAAGUGGCUCAAGCAGCAGCACAGUAUCACUCCGGAUGAGGUGGACCAGUUUGCCAGGCUGAUUAUGCUUUGCAUGUACAAACUACACACGGCUGAUAGCGUCUCCGUUGACCAAACCGAGCUGGAUGUACAGUUCUCCCAUCUUUUACUAUCCCAUCUGGAAAUCUUUGCCAGUUACCAAUUCCCGAACAAUUUCGGCAAAAUGGUGGAGCACACGUUAAACGCUUACUCUCAAUGGCCGACACUACCUCCGACGAUGUUGCUCCGGCUGCUGAAUGUGCUCCGUUCUCGGGCCAAUCUUCCUGACCUGCAGAUGUCAAUGGAGGACAGUGCCCUGUGCCAAGCACAUCGCCAAUUCGCCGAAGUGAACUGCACUGAACCGGUGCUAAGCUUCGAAGUGUUGGAAUUAGUAAUCGUGACCGUAACGGAACACUUUGCAUGGCAGCGUGAUAUUGCGUACCCUUGGAACGGUAUGUACAAACGGCACGGUGCGUACGUGGAAGUAUUAGGCAUGCUGCUAGGCCUAUUGUCACACAGCUUUCUCACUACCGGCAUGCAAGACAAUCGGAUCCGAGCUGUACAAGAACAUCUGUUGCCGGCUGUGUAUCGCAUGUUUGAACCGUGGGUUAUACCAUACGGUGCAGAAACGCCUGUUCUACAACAGGGCAGAUUCAGUUCAAAUCACCCGUCGUCACCGAAAGAAUCAUCCAAUCGACAUGCCAACAACGAUAAGGCCAAGUGGAUGUUUAGCGUACUGCUCCAGACGGUCGAAUACGCACUCGAGAAGGUGUUGGUCGCUUACGCCGACACGGAUCAUGGCAGCCAAAUUCUGCUGUACUUCCUGCACUGGUAUGUGGAAUGGUUCGUCAAUGCGCGCAUCAUGAUAUCCGCCCUUUACGUCUUAAACACACUCGUACUGGAUCUUCCCUGGGAUCGUUUGCAACCGUCCGAGAUGCUGAUAGAGCGGAUGCACUUCCUGUUCGAACAUCACACCCCGGAGUGUCAUGAGCUGCUUGCGUGUGUGUUUGUGCGCUGUAACUGGACCAUGGGCGCUGAGCAUGGUCCAUUGCCCGUGUGGUUGCAACGAACGCACGCUGCAACAUUAGCUAUCUGUGUACGGUUAGCGUACGAACCGGUAAUACGCUCGGAUGUGAAAGUGCGCGCGGCAAUGGUUCAGUUGCUGCAGUAUUUCGCGGGAUUGACGUGGGAAUCGUUACACGUUGCGGAACUUACCCCGGCACUGGAUUGGUUCGUCAUGACAGGGGACGCUAGCAGUAUGUUACGCACAACGAAGGCACCGUGCCGUGAGCUAGAUGACGCACUGAUCAGAUUUCUGGAGGUUGUUGCAGGAAUGCGUAUCAAUGAAGCAAAUCGAUUGGUGCCGGGAGGUAUGCAGUUGUUGAAGCGCAAACUACACAUUAGUGUCAUCGUGCGAAUGCUUAUGAACGCAGGGCGUGUGUCGGGUGGUGGUAAGGAAAUGGAAAAUGUUCGGCUACAGUUGAGCGGUGCUUUCAAGCAACUGCUUACUGCGAUAAGUGCGGUCUUGGAAGGUCUGCCGCAGCAGCAGCAACACACGGAUACCGACAACCGACGGGAAAAUUCCGCCAUCAUGGCCGAGGCCCGGGCCAUGAUGGCGGAACUGUUAACGAGCAUCAAAAAGUGGCAAACUGAGAGCACGCUAAGCCUCUUUGUAGAUGAACUAAUUGCCAUGCUAGAAAACGAUACCAACUCACCGCUCCUAAUACGCUGCGUAUUCGAAUCGGCCAACUUGCUGGACAGCCCUACCGAACAUUGGAUGCGCUUGCUCGAAUCGGCCCUUAGUCAUUAUUUUCGCUCCCGGUGCAACGUGUCAUGGUUAGAGGCGUGGCAUGCUAUCGGCCACACGACGAUUGGUCGCUGGCAGUUCGAAAUGCUGUUCCGGCACAGUUUUACACUGUGCUUGGAACUGCAUUUCUUGCACCGCUGGCACCAAACACGUGGUGACCCCGUAGCCCAGCGCGGAGUGUUGAAUAGUCUUGAGGUGCAUGUCUUGGAACCGGUCGAAUGUCAGCUUUAUCCGUUCUGGUGCUCGAUCAUCUAUGCCCUUCUCUCGGUACAGCCGGAACCGCACGAAACCAUUCGGACCGUGAUCGGUCUGCUUGGUGACGUAAGUGAGAACAACACAUUCUGGAUGCUGGGAGUCCUUAAGAAAAUUUUCGGCAAGGAGAAAGCUCAAGGUUCGCGUACCUCCCAUUGUUUAAUUGCUUACGCGCUUGCUGCUCUGCUGGCCGAUGCCUAUGCUCGUCGCACACCACCCGAACAGAGCUCCGAAACGGACGAUUACAGCGAUGCUGACGGGAGCACCGAACCAUUUACGCUUAAAAAACUACUGAUCGCACCGGAAAAACGUGCUUCCCGCCAAAGAAUUGCCACAACGGCUAUGGAACAUUUUAAAUCCGCGUGCAGUGCGUCUGUCUAUAAAGAGCACCAAAGCCGGAUCAUUGAUGCGAUCGUCGGUACUCGCGGUGGCGAGCGGGAACUACCGCACCAAAUCUUACAACAAGCCAAAGAUAUUAUAGUUGUAUUAGAUAGUCUAGCAGAACCCUUCCUCAACACUCUACAGGAAGCGAUUAUUGGUGAUAUGGGAGGAAUAUAA